AUGAAGCACUUCGAUUUUGAUUUGUUCAACCUUCGGCGGCAGGCCAACCGACAUGCUGGAUUCUGGAGUACCGCCGGCCGAUGCCUCGAUCUUGGGCUCGGAAAGUUGGAGAUUGGUGUCGAGAUGUCGCUGCUGGUCAUCGCCGCUGUGGCCAUGUUGGGUCUCUGCUGCCGGAAGUCAAAGCUUCUCAUCCCAUAUCUCAUCCUCAAGGUGGUGGUCAUCUGCGUGUUCCUCUACAUGACCAUCAUGUACGCCAUGCACUUCAAGGAUUGCGGAGGCCUCCUCUUCGCCCAAGCCCUCGCCUUGAUCUUUGCCGGCAUUUCCUACGGUAUCAUUGCUGGCACCUACAAGACGAUCAAGGGCGAAUACUCGACCAUCGACAGCUUCAUCCCA